GGAAUGUCGCAAGGUUGGGGUAGAAAACUCUGAGUUUACGACUGUAGCUCUCGCUUUCCGGCCAAUACUGAGGUGCCUGAAGGCUGGUUGGGGUGGUGAGGCCCGAGGCAGAGGACAGAAGAGACCAGCGAGUUGAAAGAACAGACAUAUUUUAGCUACUGGAAUUUCUGAUCAGCCCUGGUCAGGACAAGAUGGACCCUGUAGUUUUGAGUUACAUGGACAGUCUACUGCGGCAAUCAGAUGUCUCGCUGUUGGAUCCUCCAAGCUGGCUCAAUGACCAUAUUAUUGGAUUUGCCUUUGAGUACUUUGCCAACAGUCAGUUUCAUGACUGCUCUGACCAUGUCUGCUUCAUCAGUCCCGAAGUUACCCAGUUCAUCAAGUGCACUAGCAACCAAGCAGAGAUUGCCAUGUUCCUUGAACCCCUAGACCUCCCCAACAAGAGAGUUGUAUUUUUAGCCAUCAAUGAUAAUUCCAAUGAGGCAGCUGGGGGAACCCAUUGGAGUUUGUUGGUUUAUGUCCAAGAUAAAAAUAGCUUUCUUCAUUAUGAUUCCCAUAGCAGAAGCAACUCAGUUCAUGCAAAGCAGGUAGCAGAGAAACUGGAGGCUUUCUUACGCAGAAAAGGAGACAAACUAGCCUUUGUGGAAGAGAGAGCCCCUGCUCAACAAAACAGCUAUGACUGUGGGAUGUAUGUGAUAUGUAACACUGAGGCCUUGUGUCAGAACUUCUUUAGGCAAAAACCAGAAUCACUACUGCAGCUACUCACUCCUACAUACAUCACAAAGAAAAGGGGGGAAUGGAAAGAUCUCAUUGCCAGACUUGCCAAAAAUUAGCUAUCAAAGAAUAUUUGCGGCUGUUGAAGUCUCCUCUUUCUGCCCAUCCCCAUCUAUUGGAUGGCUGUAAUCUCAGUGCCUGAAAGAAGAUGCCUGGUAUCUUAUUUUUUCCUGGAAGAAUGUCAUCUUCUGCAUUAUCCACAUGGAAAGUUUCACUUUAACCCUAACUUGAGAGCAAUAUGCUCUGUGAAAAUGUCUUGAAGUUAUGCAUCAAAACCUUAAAACCACACUGAACAUUUAUUAUUUCCCUUUUUGUCUCCCUUAUUCCCAUUGGCUUAUUCAAAGGAAAAGCAGUGAUCUUUAAAGAAACCAAGUGUAUGUCAUAUCCAGAAGAAUGCAAGAAGAACAUUAUAGAAGAAUCAAAAACUUAUUGCACAGCCCUGCAUAUUUAAAGAGAUCAACUGGCUAGAAGCAGGUCAAGAUCUAACCUAAUUCAAGAUCUAAAUAUUCUAAGAAUCAGUUAUUCAGUUCUGUGAUACCUCUUCCAUUCUCCGUGCAGAGGCUUUCCCACCUAUCUUUGUAACCUUUGCAGAUAUUUGAUAAAGAUGAUGUUAGCCCAUCUUCCCCCACUCUAUUCCUGGAGUGUUUUAAGAAAGGGGGAAUCUUUAACUUCAUUAAAAUAAAUGGCUGUUGGACCUUUUAGUUUGCUCAGUGAAUGGGUUGACUUGCUACUCUGCAUUGAUAACAGCUUUUCUUCACCUUGUCUGUUAGCCAUGCAACACUCCUUCCUUUUAUAUCCAAAGUUCUGUGGUUUUAAAACUCAUAGCCAAUAACUUCCCAAGGUUGCCUGUUAUUUCUAAUAAAUAUUGCUGCUUUCUAAUAGUCAUAGUUUUUCCUUUCCUCUUUAUCCAUAAUCUGGCAGAAUUGUUUUCAACCAUGGUGAUUUCAGGACUAUUAUCAUAUCUGAAACUUGCAAACUGAAAGUUGGCUUGUUUUUUGUUUUUUGUUUUUUUGCAGUUAUAAAGCAGAUAAAGUGAGCUUUCUCAACCCUUUCACUUAAUUCAAAAUGCAGACAAUGUAAUUUUUAAAAUAUGGAACCAAGAAUAAAAAGAAAUGCUAUCCCUCCUAAA